AUGAAUGAGGCACAAGAAAAAUCGGGAAGAGCUGAAAUCGAAGACCAAGCUUUGAAGGAAGCUCUGAUUCGAUUAGAGGUUGAAAAGAAUGCUGGACUGGUCAAACAGAAAGAGUAUUUGGAGAGGAUAUCUGAUCUCGAGGCUAUGGUUUCGAAAUUCCAAGAAGAUACGAAGAGGCUCGACGAAAAAGCGUUUGAAGCAGAAAGUGAAUCUCGAACCCUAAAAGAUAAAAUGUCGGGAUUAGAGCUCGAAAAGGGGACGGUGAUGCAACAGUACAAACAGUGCCCCGAAAAAAUAUCGGAGUUGGAGAACAAAAUCUCUAUAAUCGAAAAUGAGGCCAGCCUUCUUAAGAAACGAGCCAAGAGAGUUGAAGCUGAAGUUUCUGAACUGAAAAGGGCGUUCGCUGAUCUGAACGACGAGAAAGAAGCUUCGGCCCUACUCUCGAUUGGAAAUACGAAGCUCAAGACUACCGAAGAGAAGUGUGCUCUGUUCGAGAAGUCGAAUCAAUUACUGCGAGCCGAAGCGGAUAAUCUUGUGAAAAAGAUUGCUGCGAAAGAUCAAGAACCCUCAAUAAAGCAGGGCGAAUUGGAGAGUCUUGAAGUGCGUUUAAAAGACGGGCAUUUACGUCACGAAAAAGUCGAAGCCACUCUCGAGACUCUGCAAAAUUCGCACUCUAAAUCUCGAGAUGAUCAAAUGGCUCUGACGCUUGAGCUCAAAAAUGUAGUUCAAAAGCUGGAAGAAACUGAAGCUAGCAAAAAUUGCUUGGAAGAAGAGAUUCGAAAGGAAGAAAUCGAAGGGUGGAAUAGGCACUAUCGGGAUCUAGUGGAGCAAGUGGAAGAAGCAGGUCUCGACCCCACGUAUGUGUUGAUUUCGAUUACGUGCUUGCACGAGGAGAAUUCGAAGCUGAGGCAACUAUGCGAAAACGGCAGAAAUGAGAAAGCAAUCAUGUCGCAGAAGCUAGAGAAUAUUGAAGACGCAUUGUUGGAAUCGGGCCAAUCUAUUUACGGAGAAAAAAAAACUGCUCUAGUCGCUGUGAAAGCUUCAAUUGUGUCUCAAUUGCAAGCCAUGACCGAGAAUAUGCAGAGUUUGGUGGGAAGAAACGCCGUUUUGGAGAAUUCACUAUCCACCGCCAAAAUCGAGCUCGAAGGUUUGAGGAAAAAAUCGAAAGGGUUAGAAGAGAUUCGCGAAUUGCUCAAGAACGAAAGAUCGUGUCUUUUGACCGAAAGGGGCAGUUUAGUUUCGAAGUUGGAAAAUGUGGAGAGAAGGCUGCAGAUUUUGGAGAAAAAAAUUAUGGGGUUGGAAGAAAAAUACACUGAUUUAGAGAAAGAGAAAGAAGCCAUGCACGAUCAAGUCGAAAAGUUCAAGGUUUCGUUGGACGAGGAAAAUCAAGAACGGACAAGCUCUCGGACUUUGAGCAAAGCCCGAUUGACCGGGCUCGAAAAUCAAAUCAAUCUCCUUAAAGAAGAGAACACGUGUAAGAAAAAGGAAACAGAGCAAGAACUCGAUAAAGCUUUGAAAGCGCAGUUCGAAAUAUCCAUCUUGCAUAAAUUUAUAAAAGAUAUGGAAGAGAAGAACUACACUCUCAUUAUUGAGUGUCAAAAGCACGUCGAGGCAUCGAAAUUGGCGGAGAAAUUGACAUCCGAACUGGAGGGUGAAAGUCUUGAGCAGCAAGUUGAAUCUGAGCUCCUAUUGGAUGAAAUCGAGAGGCUGAGAUUGGGAAUUGCUCCUGAGGAAAAGGUUGUCGAAAACGAACAAACUUUCUUGCAUUGCAUUCUUGAAAGUAUUGAAGAUACGAAAUGUUCUCUUUCGGAAUACGAGGAUGAAAAGCAAGAGCUCUUGGUUAAAAACUCGGUUCUUUUAACUCUUCUUGAAUAG